AUUCGGUGUUUCUGGGCGUGGAUCUCUCACAGUCCUGGAAAGGAAGAGAAGCUGAGCAGAGUCUGGGGCAGAGAGCUCACAUACCACACCGAUCUCCAGCGAAAGAAACAUCCGUUAACGAAGAAAAACAGGCGGAAGAGGUUUCCCUGAACUAGGAAGGCCAGACUCUUGCGUCUCUCUUCACCAAUCCGAGAAAGGGAUUUAUGGUUUCCACUCUGCACAUCACUGGACGGCUUUGAUUAAAUCUUAUUGAUAUCAUUUGACAAACUUGAAAGAAAUCAUCGAAGUCAUCCAUAUCCAGUCAUGCCGUUGGUAGUGCUGCAGACCUCGCGCGUGAUGUGGACCCGCCUGGCCGCGCUGGUGUUCACGUGUGUGGCGUUCAGCGUGGCCGCUCAUGGCGCGUAUGCGACUGGCGGCAUGUACGACUGGAGCAUGUUCUGCUGGGUGUUCAGCUUCAUCUGCACCAUGUUGGUUCUGAUUGUCGAGCUUCUGAGCCUUCAGUCGCGUAUGCCUGUCUCGUGGAACAACUUUCCCAUCACGGUGGCGUGCUACGCAGGUCUGCUGUGCCUCUCCGCGUCCAUCAUUUUCCCGCUGUACUUCCUGAAGGGCUACUCUGCGCGUAGCGAGGCACGUGACUACAGGAUUGUCAGCACUGUUUUCUCCUGCCUGGCCACAGUGGCAUACCUAUUGGAGGUCAGCCUGACGCGGGCGCGGCCUGGUGAAGUGGCCGCCUACAUGGCGACGGUGCCCGGGCUCCUGAAGGUCUGCGAGACGUUCGUAGCCAGUGUUAUUUUUGUGUUUAUUAGUAAUCCUGUGUCGUAUGAUCUGCACCCGGCGUUGAAGUGGUGCAUGGCUGUGUACUGUAUCUGCUUCAUCAUUGCCGCUGGUAUUGUGGUGAUGUGCGUCGGAGAGUGUACCGGCUUGCUUCCGUUCCCGUUUGCCCGUUUCCUGUCCGCUUACGCCUUGUUAGCUACUGUGAUGUACCUCACCGCUACCAUCAUCUGGCCCGUGUUCCAGUUUGACAGUCAUUACAGUGCUCGGUCUCGGAGGCCCAAUGAUUGCAGUCGGUAUCAUGGUCUCUGUGAUUGGGAUAAACUGGUGAUCAUAGCCGUUCUGACGGGCCUUAACUUCCUGAUCUACCUGGCAGAUCUAGUGUACUCCGCACGACUCGUGUUUGUCCGUGUUUGAAAAGUCGAAAUCGCAAAAACAACCAGUGAAUAUUUAAUCUUUUCACAAGGGAUGUUCCAAUAGUCAAUUUUCAUAUCAUGAAAUUUCAUCUAUAAAUCUGGAAUUAUGGGAGUGGAAAUUUGGACCGAAACAAAAAGUGUGCACAGUAAAGAAAUUAAACACAAGACAUUUGCGUUUUUAAAAAACAACUAUACCUGAUAUAAAUUUGAAUAAUAAAUUGACCUUUUAGCACGUUUCUCCAGUCAUGUCAGAAAGAUAUACAGUAUAUAAAUAUUUUUCAUUAAUUAACCAUGCUCCAAGCUUGACUCCUUAUUGUUCAUUGUGAGGAGAAAACACAUAUCUGUAAGCAAAAUUUUCCAUGAAUUAGCCAGCUAGCUUAGUAUACUUGUAUACUGCAGCUUUAAUAUAUGAUGUUAACAACCUGCUAACAUCAGCUGGUUAGCUUACCUUGUUACUAGCGAGCCAUUAGGCUGUUAGCUGAAAACCUGUAGCAAGGUCAGUCACUCUUUAUUUGUUGUCAAGCUACAUGAGUUUUUUUCUUUUUAAAAAAAAAAACAUUUACUUUCGCUUAUGAUUAAAACAAAGCAAGAUUCUUUCUCAGAUAUUAACUAAGAUCUAGCUGAUUAGAAUGACCUAGCGAGAAUUUUACUUGAAAAAUUCAUAAUUGGUUCACAAGUGAAGCCCCAGCACUCUUCUUCCAUUCCUGAAUGUCAUCAUAUUUACCCAUGAUCGUGUUGUGAGUGUUGAAAUAUUGUGAUAUAAUGCAUAAUUGAUUAUAGGCAAAUUCCUGAUGUCUACCACUGUUGCCUUUAUGUGAAAACUCCACAUGUUGAACUGUGCCUGUAUUUAUUUGUGUUGUUUUGAUGCGACGUCUAUAUCGAUCUCGUUCGCAUGAUAUCUUUGCCUCACGAUGUUUGCUUUUUUACACUGUCGCCUUUAUGUGAGAGAUUCACAUACUGCUGAGCUGAGAGAUGAGCUACACUGUGCCUAUGAAACCUGAAUCGUUAUACUCAUAUAAUCUUUAACCCAAUUUUGUGCUUUAUACACAGUAUUCAACGACUGAAUUUGAAAUUUUAUUUUAAUCCAAUGUGUUACCCUGCUGGGGGAAAAAAAAACAAAACCAUUAGUGUUAGAAAUAUUUUAUGGUUUCCUUUAUGUAAUGGACCUUAAUGGGAAACUCAAUGAGUUUCAGCAUUUUCCUGAAGGUUUCUAUUUUGGGUUGCUACUAAAUACCAGCGGAAACAUCUUGCGUCUUCGAUACGUAAAUCAUCAACGUUAGAAUAAAAUUAGAUAAGCCAUCAGGAACCAUUAGGAACAACGGCGACCAUUAAAGGUCCAUUACUACUCAGGUAGUAAAACAUUGUCAAAUGAAUAAUGUAGAAAUCCAGGCAGUAUGUUCCCCCCCCCCCCCCCAUACUUUAUGAACUAUUUCCAGACUUAAUUGAGUAUUAAGUGAAUAAAAAUGUCACAUGUUUGAGCUUGUUGCACUCUGAUGUGUUUAUGGAUACCAAAGUUCAGUGUUUUAAAUAUGUAACGUUUAUAAAGUUUUGCAUUGUACUUAC